AUGCUGCCGAUUCGGCUGUAUAAUCUUCCAUCAUUGAAGUACUUAUCACUUGUUUCUAAUGAAUUCACAGGUCAAAUCUAUGAAUUCCAAAGUAAGUCAUUGAAUCAUAUUAAUUUGCGUCGUAACAAGCUACAUGGCCCCAUUCCACCAUGUCCGACCAUCAUCAAUCAUUUCCUCUCAAAGAAUACAUUCACUGGAGAAAUCCCUUCGACAAUUUGCAAUGUAAGUUUCCUUGAGAUACUUGAUUUGUCUCAUAAUAGCUUGAGUGGUAUAAUUCCACAAUGUUUAGCAAACUUUAGCAAUGUACUCAGUGUGUUAGAUCUUAGGAUGAAUAAUUUUCACGGAAACAUUCCAUCCACAUUUACAGAGGGAAACAAGUUGAGGAAUAUUGAUUUAAAUGGUAAUCAGUUGGAAGGUAGGGUUCCACGAUCCUUGGCAACAUGUAGACACUUGGAGGUUCUAGACUUUGGAAACAACAAGAUAAACGACACAUUCCCCUACUGGUUGGAAUUUCUUCCAGAGUUGCAAGUCCCAGUCUUUAAAUCUAAUAAAUUCCAUGGUCCUGUGGACUCUUCCAAAACUAAACUCCUUUUCCCAAAGCUUCGAAUCUUUGACCUCUCUCACAACGAGUUUAGUGGUCGUUUGCCUACAACAUAUUUCAAGCUUUUUAAUGCUAUGAAGAUGGUCGAUGAAAAGGUGGAAAGAAAAUAUAUGGGGCAAUCCUAUUAUUCUGAUUCAGUGACCAUCAUGUUGAAGGGGAAUGAGGUUGUAUUACCAAGAAUUCUAACCAUCUUCACGACAAUUGACUUAUCGCACAACAAAUUUAGAGGAGAGAUUCCAUAUGCCAUCGGAAAACUUUAUGGACUUCGGUUGUUUAAUUUAUCUCACAACAACCUUAUUGGCAAUAUCCCUUCAUCAUUGGGAAAUCUAUGUUUGCUUGAAUUGUUGGACCUCUCUUCAAACGAACUUUCUGGUAAGAUUCCUAGCCAAUUGACAAGUUUGACAUUUCUUUGUAUGUUAAAUUUUUCACAAAAUCAUCUCGAGGGUCGCAUACCUCAAGACAACCAAUUUGAAACAUUUGAAAAUAGCUCAUACAAUGGGAACCUGGCAUUAUGUGGAUUUCCACUGUCGAAGGAAUGUGAAGAUAUUAACACACCACAACUGCAUCCAACACCUAUGUUGCACAAGGAAGAUGAUCCAACUUUUGCAAGUGAAUUUAAUUGGAAAGUGGUAGGGAUGGGGUACGGAUGUGGAAUGGUAUUGCAAUUGGUAAUGGGAUAUCUUAUGUUCUUAAUCGGAAAACCAAAAUGGUUUCUAAGAAUUGCUGAAGGAAAACGACAGAAGAAAGGGAAAAGGUCACACAAGAGUGGUAACAGACAUGGAGGAAGAAGAAAGUAG